AUGGAUGAUCUCUCCGGCCUGGAUUGGUCUGCAGCCAACUCUGCCAACGGCAGUGGCACUAAGCCUCCGCCCAUGAACCCUACAAGCCCGCCUGCUUUCUAUCCAACACUACGUCCGACCCCAUCGCCGCAAGCCUCCGGCCGAUCUACACCUUUGUCUGCGCAAGGCUCGGUGGCCGGGGCUUUGAAGCCACCUGUUUCUAAACCAACCGCGGCCGACAGCUUUAGUAACUUGGUCAACUUUGGUGGCACCAAGAGCAAUGCCAACCUUAGUCUCCGAGAACGACAAGAACAACUCGUUGCAGAGAAGCGGCAAAAGGAAGACGAAGAAAGACGGAGGUUUCAAUCGCAGUACGGCGGUGGUCAGUUUUGGGAUACAAUUGGUCAAGGGUCAGGUCCUGCGUCACGAACUGUCUCGCCUGGCGCAAUAGGGAGCACGAAUGGGCAGAACAGAGACCAGGACGACGCCGAAUUGUUUGCGGCUUUUGCUAAAGAUACGAAAGUUGACAACUCGAGCCACUAUCCUCCACCACCUCAGCCACUAUCUAGGACAAGCACUCCUGCUAGUGCUGCCAAACUGGACUUGUCCAAUGCUAGCGCAUGGAACAAAGUCCCGGCACCGGGCGGAAGCAAACUGUAUGAUGAUGAUGACGAUCCUUUCGGCCUUAACCAACUAAAACCUAAAGGUUCAGCCCAACAUCAAUUGACACCAGAUGUGGCAGAUGAUGAUGACUUUCUCGGAGAUUUGGGCAGGCCUGUGGAAGAGCUUCGAAUGAAGGCGCAAGCAGCCGACCAGAAAAGACAACCCGGGAAGCCAAUAGAUGAUUCGGAUUCGGAUUCCGGGCCUGAAACAACGGGCGGGCAUCCCGGCUCGGACCCAUUCGACAAAGCCGUAGCUGAGUUGGUAGAUAUGGGAUUCACAGCUGAGAAUGCAAGGCGUGGCUUAACGGAGAGUGGCGCCGGGGUAAAUGUGCAAGCUGCAGUCAGCUGGUUAUUGGAGGACGCCCAUAAACAGGCUCGGAAUCAGCAAAGGGUGCGUGAUGCUUCCGAGGACGUAGGGAGAACUGGCAGUCGUUCUAGAGACAACCGUGGGGCUGCAUGGGCCAGGGAUGGUGAAGAUAGGCCAGUGCCUCCACGCAGAGAUACACAGUCGCCGGCCCAGAUGGACGAUAUUUCACGGAAAGCUGCUGCUAUGGGGUCGAGCUUCUUCAAAACGGCGAACUCCCUAUGGAAAACUGGGCAGAAACAAGUACAAAAGGCAGUUGCUGACUUCCAGCAAGAUGGCGGCGAUCCAAGCCAACCAAAGUGGAUGCGUAGUGCACAACAAGACCGGACAGUGCCCAGAGGAAGGGAGGCCCAAAAUGCAACUGAUGAGGCUUUGAUGCUCGAAUCUGGGAGACGGCCCGAGAAACAGACUCACCAACGCGAUUUUUCUCAGCACAAGGCAUCUCGCGAACAUGCUCCCACUUUACCCACUCGACCAUCUGGUCAGUCUGAUGCGCCUCGGUGGCAACAAACUGCGGCGCCGGGCUCAAUAGAUCCUCGGACACGAUUGAAGAAACAGAUGGCAGAGGAAGAAAGUGCACAGGCUUAUGUCAGCCCCGCCAGAAGGAAGAAAGCCACGCCACAACCAACGCAAAGGAUAGAACCUGACAACAACCUUCUUUUUGACUCCUCAGCUCCGUCAUCUAAUCGAGUGACGCCCCAGCGCUCUCCACAGCGCUCACCCGCACCUAAAUCUACAUCACAAAACAUAUCGAAGCCGAUUAGCACACGUCCCCCGGCUCCAUCAAGAAAUAUACCAACGGUUUCUUCAUCAGUAUUACAGACUUCUGCUCGCCACCGCCUUGAUGGGACGGCACAUUUCAAACGUGGUGACUAUGAUGCGGCACACACAGCGUAUACCAACUCACUCUCUGGCAUACCACAAAAUCAUCCAAUCUGCAUCGUCAUCCUUACCAAUAGGGCCUUGACCUCGCUCAAGACAGGUAGCCCUAAGCAGGCAGUUAGUGAUGCUGAUAGCGCAAUCGCCAUUAUCGGCCCUUCACAUGGCGAAGGCGAGAAUGUGGCCCUGCCUGAUGGUGAAUUGCGUGACAUGAAAGAGCUCUAUGGAAAGGCACUUAGCCGAAAAGCAGAGGCGCUCGAGCAAAUGGAAAAAUGGGCAGAUGCUGGGAAUGUAUGGCAACUAUGCGUUGAGGCUGGAGUGGGUGGCCCUAAUGCAGUCGCGGGUCGACAGCGAUGUCAGAAAGCGCUUGCCCCCAAGCCAAAACCAACACCCCGGCCAGUCCAAGCACCCAAGCCUCGUCCGAAACCUUCUGCCAUCUCCGACCUUGGACCGCAACAGAACUCAGAGGCUGUUCAACGACUACGAGAAGCUAACAAAGCUGCCGAAGCUGCUGAUGACGAGAAAUUUGCCCUUGGUGAAAAAGUCGACGCCCGAAUUGCGGCUUGGCGAGACGGGAAGCGAGAUAAUCUACGGGCACUGCUGGGUAGCCUCGACCAGGUCUUAUGGGAGAAUAGUGGCUGGAAGAAGGUGGGCUUACACGAACUAGUGAUCGCCAACAAGGUUAAGAUUCACUACAUGAAGGCCAUUGCAAAAUGCCAUCCAGACAAGCUUCCCCAAGAUGCAAACACUGAAACACGCUUGAUUGCUGCUACCGUAUUCGCCACUCUGAACGAGAGCUGGGAUAAGUUCAAAACGGACAAUGGAUUAUGAGUGACUCGCACAGCAGAUUUUAUAUGAAUGACUGUAGAUACGACGAUAGAUAUUGCAUCACGCGACAACAGACACGAGGCUUAUGAGCUUACGCAUAUGCACAUGAUAUGGAGUACUUCCCCAUGGGGCCUCUAGAAAUUUAGAACUCUUCAUGCCUGGCUGGCAUGGCACGGUGAUAAUUGAAACUGGUAUCAAGCAGUCAAGACUGCUCUUCAACCACAGUGAAUUGCUAUAAUUACGUAUUUCGGGUAUCCCUACCUGGCUAGCCAUUCUCACAAGCAAACCCGCAGAAAGACGAUGUUAGCUAAGCGAACCUAGCGUUCAAAAUUUAGGAAGGACAUCCCGUUUCGAUUACCUAAUAGGCUACCUAGUACUAAAACACAUUCGGCAACUCAUUCGACUGAGCCCUGGGUUUCUUGUCCUUCUUCAAAGUUUUGGAAAAUAUAAUCUUAGCUAAACUUCAGACCCAUGUUAGUUCAUCUAGGAGUAGCCAGUUUAAUCAUCCGACAACUGAUGAAGCCUUGAUUGGGCCAUGCUCGUUUUGGGUACAUGG